CUUUCCUCUAGUUCGGCAUUGGUCUAAUUUAGCGCGUGCUUUAGUCACGUGUCUUUCUUUCCUUACCGGCACAAAGCAGCAUUGAACAUGGACGGAUACGGAGGUUACGGAAACGGUUACGGAGCUGGUUACGAUGACGGAUACAGUGGUGGCGGUGGUGGUGGCGGCUAUGGCGGUGGCUACGAUCAGGGAUACGGAGGCGGCGGUGGCGGAUACGGCGGAGGGGGAUACGGCGGAGGUGGUGGCUUCGGUGGUGGCCGAGGUCGAGGUGGCCGUGGAGGAGGUCGUGGUGGUGGCCGUGGAGGAGGUCGUGGUGGUGGCCGAAAUGGAACAGACUCAGAAUACUGGAAGGACACUGAAUCUGAGCCCUUCAGGAAGCUCUUUAUUGGGGGUCUCAGCUACGAAACAACAGACGAGAGCUUAAAGGAACACUUUGGGCAGUGGGGAGAGAUUGUGGAUGUUGUUGUUAUGAAAGAUCCACAGACUAAGAGAUCUCGUGGUUUUGGGUUUAUCACUUACAAAAUGGCACAGAGUGUAGAAGAUGCCCAGCAGAACCGACCACACAACAUUGAUGGCAGAGAAGUGGAGUCCAAGAGAGCUAUGCCAAGAAAUGCUGACGGAACCUCCGAGUCAUCCAAGCCAACAAAUAAAAUGUUUGUUGGCGGAGUUAAGGAAGAGGACACUGAAGAAGACUUCAUAAACCUGUUCAGUGAGCAGGGCGUUGUACUUAAAGUAAACAUGGUCAACGACAAGGAGACUGGGAAACAGAAGCCAUUCUGCUUUAUCACCUUCGAAGACACAGAUGUUACAGACAAAUGUAUAUUAAAACACGAGUUUGAAAUCAACGGUCACUACGUGCAAGUAAAGAAAGCUGAAGAGAAGGACAAGCAGGGCGGUGGCCGAGGUGGUCGAGGAGGUGGUCGCGGUGGGUUUGGAGGUGGCCGUGGAGGGUAUGGAGGCGGCGGUGGAUACGGAGGUGGUUUUGGUCAAGGUUACGGUGACCAGGGUGGUUAUGGAGGUGGACCAAUGAGAGGACAGGGCAGUGGUUACUCGCAGCGCGGGUCAUCAGGACCAUAUGGACAAGGUGCGGAGAGUUAUGGCCGAGGAGGUGGUGGUGGUGGCGGAGGUGCACGGUGGUAAACCGUUCAACAGAAUCUCUCAUCCUCUCACCCUUGUUUCUGGCAAUUGUAAAACAGGCGAUACUGUGAUAGGCUAGGAAGAAAGGCAGAAGCUAUGAAUAAACUCAGAUAGGCAGGGGUUAGGCCUUAUCUAGGGUUAGACACUGGAUUUACCCACAUGAGUUAGGGAUCUAUACCCAUCCAUACCCGCAUUUUGCUGAUAGGCCACAAAGAGAAAUGAACACCAUCUAUUCAGGACUUUCAUCAGACAUCUGCUAGGCAGGGAUUUACAUGGCUGACAUUUGUCAGCAUCAUUACCAUGCAUUCAUUCAAUCCUAUCGUUAGUUUGUCUCCAUAGUGGAGGGCUAGGGAAUUGAUUAUCAACAGGAUUUAUAAUGUGGCUAUUUACAUUCAUGUAGAAAAGACACAUAUGUAGUGCUUCUUGGCUGUGCAUCAAUUUUUGAUACCAAAAGUGUGGUGAAUUUACCUAUUGUGUGCAUGUAAACAAUAUAUUAUAGACAAAAAACAAGUUUAAAGCUUGUUUGCUAUUGCCAGAAACAAAUCUCUUCAUUUUUAUAUGCGCCAUAAUAUCUUACAUGUGAAGAUAUAGAAAUUUUUAUCGUGAUCCUUGGUUAAUAUCUUGUGGAUAUUUUGUUUUCUAUGUAUUUGUGAAUCAUGUGAACAAAAACAUGUCAUUUUGUUAUGUCAGAAUUAUUGUAAAUAAAAUUCAAAUACAAAACAUU